AAAAGUUCUUUCUUUGGACACGGAUGGCUCAAGCCUUGGCUCAACCACCACCGGUGGUCACCACCGUCGUCCCAGACCCGCCACCGCCACCACCGCACCCAAAGCCGUAUGCUCUACGAUACAUGGCGGAUCUUCUUGGCCGGAUCGGUAUAAUGGAUACAGACAAAGAUGGUAACAUCAGCCCACAGAGUCCGAGGAGUCCUAGGAGCCCAAGAAACAACAUUCUCAUGGGGAAGUACGAGCUAGGGAAGCUUCUCGGCCACGGAACCUUUGCAAAGGUUUAUUUAGCUCAAAACAUCAAAUCAGGAGAUAAAGUCGCCAUAAAAGUCAUCGACAAGGAGAAGAUCAUGAAGAGUGGUUUAGUUGCUCACAUCAAACGGGAAAUCUCCAUCCUCCGCCGUGUCCGUCACCCUUACAUCGUUCAUCUUUUCGAGGUUAUGGCGACGAAGACGAAGAUUUACUUUGUGAUGGAGUACGUUCGAGGCGGUGAGUUGUUCAACACGGUUGCUAAAGGUAGAUUGCCGGAGGAAACCGCCCGGAGAUAUUUCCAGCAGCUGAUCUCCUCUGUUUCGUUCUGCCACGGACGCGGUGUUUACCACCGUGACCUCAAACCGGAGAAUCUGCUUUUAGACGACAAAGGGAACCUUAAAGUCUCUGACUUUGGUCUCAGUGCGGUGGCAGAGCAGCUUCGGCAGGACGGGCUCUGCCACACGUUUUGCGGGACUCCGGCCUAUAUUGCACCCGAGGUUUUGACUCGAAAAGGGUACGACGCAGCGAAAGCCGAUGUUUGGUCUUGUGGAGUGAUCUUAUUCGUGUUGAUGGCUGGUCACAUUCCGUUCUACGACAAGAACAUAAUGGUUAUGUACAAAAAGAUUUACAAGGGGGAAUUUAGGUGUCCUCGUUGGUUUUCAUCGGAUCUUGUUCGGUUAUUGACUCGGCUUCUUGAUACGAAUCCGGAUACUCGGAUUACUAUACCCGAGAUCAUGAAGAACAGAUGGUUCAAGAAAGGAUUCAAACAUGUUAAAUUCUACAUUGAAGACGAUAAGUUGUGUAGGGAAGAUGAAGAUGAGGAGGAAGAGGCAUCAUCAUCCGGUCGGUCUUCAACAGUUUCAGAGAGCGAUGCAGAGUUCGAUGUAAAACGAAUGGGGAUAGGGUCAAUGCCAAGACCCGCAAGCUUAAACGCGUUUGACAUUAUAUCUUUCUCUUCCGGGUUUGAUCUCUCUGGUUUGUUUGAUGAAGAAGGAGGAGAAGGGACUAGGUUUGUAUCAGGUGCUCCUGUUUCAAAGAUCAUAUCGAAGCUGGAAGAGAUUGCGAAAGUCGUGAGCUUUACAGUGAGGAAGAAAGAAUGGAGCUUAAGAUUAGAAGGUUGUAGAGAAGGAGCAAAAGGACCGUUGACAAUUGCGGCUGAGAUAUUUGAGCUGACUCCAUCUCUAGUAGUGGUGGAGGUGAAGAAGAAAGGAGGAGACAGAGAAGAGUAUGAAGAGUUUUGCAACAAGGAACUGAGACCGGAGCUGGAGAAACUAAUCCACGAAGAAGUUGUAGUAGAAGAAGCAUUGUAUUUGCCAUCUGAUACUGAAUAGUAUAAAACAAGGAAGGCUGAGAACAAGAAUAUACAAGAAACAAGAUUGUGUCAC